CAUCAUCCUCGCCUCGGCCUCACUCAAGUCUCAGCGACCCGGCGCGCCGCCUCCGUCCUCCACUCCGCUCUCCACGCCACCGGUGGACUGGAAGCAUUGCCACGGGGGGCGCCAUGCCGGCGGAGGGGAACAAGAAGAAGGGUGUGCCGCCGCUGGGAUGGUGGCUCAUGCUCGUCGGCUCCCUCCGCCUCGCCUCCGUCUGGUUCGGCUUCUUCGACAUCUGGGCGCUCCGCGUCGCCGUCUUCUCCCAGGCGGAGAUGACUGAUGUACACGGCCGUACUUUUGGUGUCUGGACUCUUCUGACCUGCACGUUGUGCUUCCUUUGUGCUCUCAACCUGGAAAAUAGGCCUCUAUAUCUGGCCACCUUCCUGUCAUUCAUCUACGCUCUUGGUCAUUUCCUAACGGAAUACUUGAUAUACCAUACCAUGGCUGCGGCAAAUCUGAGCACAGUUGGCUUCUUUGCAGGAACGUCAAUUGUAUGGAUGCUUCUUCAGUGGAGUUCUCAUGGUAACCCCCGAGGAUCCCAUGCUGUGAAGCAGUCAUGAGGAAUGCUUCAGUUGUUAGUUUGAUGUGGUCUGGGGGAGGAAGGAUGCGUGAAGAGACCUUGCCAGAAAGGAUCCGUUGCCAUUCGUACUUCAUUUUUCAUCAUGUUAUUUCGGUUCAUGAAACAUUUGUCCCACUGAUUAGAGUCUGGAAAUUCGAACGUUGUAAACUGCGCGUCUGAAUCCUGUAGCCAAGAGCUUGUCUGCGUCCAGUUUGAUGACAUUCAGGUGCGCCUGGGAAACAGAUAGCUGCUCAGAUCAUCACAUGUUGAGAGACGCCAAUAAGGGGAUAUAUACGAAAGAGAUACUGCAGUAUCAUGUACUGUUCUUGCAUUUGUACGAGCCAAGGCAUAAAGAUGCGUCUUGUUUUCUGUUGAAGAUGGAUGAUGCGUUCAGUCAGCCCUGGAAAUUUCUUCUUG